UGUUGAGUGGGGAUUAUGACUUAAUGUUGUUGUUGCGCGUCUCACCAACAACAACCAAACCAUCCAUGAAGAGUCGUUGCGUUAAUUCGAUAUUUUUUGAAAAGUGGACUGGCUAAAUUUGCAUUUUAGGUGAAGGCGCGCGCAGCAGCAUAACAAUGGCAUUUAAACCAAUAAGUCUAGCUCAAUAAUAGACAAUUUCUAAUCAGUGCAGACUGCGUCGAAGUCAAAGUCAUGGAUUAACGGUAACGCGCGUAAACCAAAAAGAUGCCUGGACUUGUGGUCUUUAGACGUCGCUGGUCUGUGGGCUCUGAUGAUCUGGUAGUGCCGGGGGCAUUUCUGCUCACAAUACAUUUUAUAUGUUUUGUGCUUGUUGCCGUCUCGUUGGUGUUGUUCGAGUAUGACACGAGUAUUUUAAGCAUUAAACUACUAUUUUAUCAUCUGAUAGGCUACUUGCUAAUAUUAUUUUUUUCAAUAUGCGUAGAAAUUGGCAUUUGUGUGAUUUCGAUGCGCGGCAGCAUAUUGGAUGCAGAGGCGCGCACAUCGAUAAAUAUAUGGAUAUAUCUCAAGAGCUUGGUGAUAUUAUUUGAUAUUACAUGGCUGGUACUGGGCUCCAUAUGGCUGACACAUUACUAUAUCGAGGCGCCCAUAGCCGAGGCCAAACGUGUCUACAUAGCCAUUAUAUUGUGCAAUUGGGCGCUAGUUUUCAUUACGCUGGUCACUAUCUGGUGCACAUUCGAUGCGGCCGGUCGAAGUUGGGUCAAGAUGAAGAAAUAUCAGCGUUCUAUGCGUGAGACUGAGUCGCGUUUCAAUUACAAGCGCAGCAACAGCAUGAAUCGCAACUGGCGGCAACGGAAAGUGAUGCGUGCGUAUCAGGACAGCUGGGAUCAUCGCUGUCGGCUGCUUUUCUGCUGCAUGGGCUCCUCGGAGCGAAAUCGUAACUCAUUCACAGACAUUGCUCGACUGCUGAGCGACUUUUUUCGGGAGCUGGACGUGGUGCCCUCAGAUGUAGUCGCCGGCUUGGUGUUGCUGCGAAAGUUUCAGAGAUUGGAGCGCGAGGCUAUUGUGCGACAGCGCAAGAACGGCACCUACGAGUUCCUCAGCGGCGUCCCCAUUACGGAGCGCACUCAGUUCCUAGCACUCAACGAUGCCAAAAACCAUGACUUCUUCCAAACGGUUAUUCAUUACAUGUACUUCGCACAGAGCGCCUAUGGCUGGCCCAUGUAUGUUGUCAUCAAUCGCACCAAGAUGUGGCAUUUGCUGCCCGAACUUAAAUGCUUCAGUUGCUGUUGCGUCAGUGGAGGGGACGCCGAGGUGAUUGAGGAUAACUGCUGUUCGUGCAACUAUGCGGCACUGAAGAAAACCCUGCAGCCGGGCGACAUUGAGAUCGUGUAUGCCACCUACCAUGUGGAUGUGGGCGAGACGCCCUUCUUUGUCGCUGUCGAUUACAAGCAGAAGAAGAUUGUGAUCAGCAUACGCGGCACGCUGAGCAUGAAGGACAUACUGACGGAUCUGAAUGCCGAGGGCGAGGUAUUGCCGCUAACACCGCCACGGGACGAUUGGCUGGGACACAAAGGCAUGGUGCAGGCUGCCAUCUACAUUAGAAAUAAGCUGCUGGAGGGGAAUCUGAUUGAGCGGGCACUGCAACGGAAUGCGGAGCGGCAGACGCACACGUUCGGAUUGGUCUUGGUGGGGCAUUCACUCGGCGCUGGCACGGCCGCCAUUUUGGCAAUAUUGCUUAAGCCAGAGCAUCCAACGCUGCAAUGCUUCAGCUAUUCACCACCAGGCGGUCUGCUCAGCAUGCCAGCCGUUGAGUAUUCGAAGUCGUUCAUCACAUCGGUGGUGCUGGGCAAGGAUGUGGUGCCGCGCAUAGGUCUGAAUCAAAUGGAAGCGCUGCGUGCGGAUCUCAUUAAUGCCAUACAGCGCAGUGUUGAUCCAAAGUGGAAAACCAUUUCGUGUUCGGUCAUCUGUUGCGGCUGCGGUCCCGAGCCAACCUCUGUGGUUAACAUGUCCGGCCAGGACACGCACAUAAAUCAAUACCAGGAGGAACGUGGCACGGCUAGGUCGACCAGUACACAUCCCACGGAUAGCUCCAUAGCUUUAACACUACACCAGCCCUUAUAUCCGCCCGGCCGUAUCAUACAUAUAGUGCGGCAUCAUCCCAAGCCCGAUGAGCAAAAAUACGACAGUGGUUGGAGAAAUGUGCUUAAGAGUCGGGAGCCUGUCUAUCAGGCAAUAUGGGCCGAUUCCACCGACUUCGAUGAGGUGCUAAUAUCGCCUGUCAUGCUGCAGGAUCACAUGCCCGAUAAGGUUUUGGCGGCACUCCAGAAGGUUGUAACAACGAGUGGUCCACGCAAGCCGCAACGCCAAACCUCGAAUGCAUUUUCCAUAACAUCCAAUGAGUUAAUUCCCGGCCAAUUGGAUCACGUGCAGCCGUCUAGUCUGGAACUGGACGGCGUGAACGAUUUCGGCAAGGAGAGAGAUCGGGAGCUGGAGCUGGAAGAGCCAGCGCAGCAGCACUGUAAGCGUCCCUCGCACAGUUCCUACUCCAAUCUGAGCAACUCGAUCAUUCUGACGCCGACCGCUCAGCACAAACUCUGUCUGGAGACAUCGUUUACGAAUUUACAGAAUCCCCUGGAGAGGAGCGCUCCAUGUACUGUUGGCGGUGGCAUUGGUGGGGGCGGGGGUGGUGGCAGCAAAGCAUCCUCCAUAGCUGGCAGCAUUUUCGGGCGCAGCCAGCUGAGCUCAACGACGACCCCCUAUGACAUAUCAAGCGUCCUAGACGACAGCAUAACGACGACUCUGACCAUGCGCAAGAGUCCCUCGAUGUUGAGCGAGGCGGCAACGGUAAUUGUGAAUGCUCCAGAGUGCGUCGGCUCAGAGAUCCAGUGCCAUCAGCCACGUCUCAAGACGGUGGCCUUCGACACAACGACGGCGCCGAGCAUAGGUUCGGCGUCAACUCCUUCGCGAGCGCCAGCGAAAACCUGCAACUCGAACUCCAGUUCGCCACAGCUAGCCGCCCGCUCGUUGCUUCUGGCACGGCAGCAUUCCGAAAAGAAGCCGCGCUCCUUGCCAGUAACGCACGCUCUGCGGCGGUCCUCCGAUGCCGCCCAGACAGUCGAUCUUCUUCAUGACGACUGGUAUGGAUUGGCCCCACUGGCUAGUCCCGAAACGCUAUCGGAGAUCUCCAGCGUCUCGUCUCGCACCAGUGUGCCGAUUAGUUUGGCCAACAGCAUCGAACGCUAUCUGCAUCACUUGUCGGUGCUGGGCGUGACCGAGACGCCCACAGGUGCCGCCGCCAAGGUGCCCCUCGAGGACAUCUUCGAGUCGCAGCUACAUACGCCCAAGGUGAUGCGACGGGCGCCGAAGUUUAGUGAAAACCUGGCUGGAUGCGCCGAAGAUACUCGCAAUCUGGAUCAGUACAAGCGCAUGGGUCGCGUCUUUGUCACAUUUCCUCGCAUCUUCCCCAACGAUUCUGUGCAGGGCUUGGACUCGAGCGACGAUAGCUUCGAGUCGGCCCAUAGUCUGCACAAACUGCAGCCCACAAAGCUUUCGCUGGAGGAGCAACAAUGCGGCUCCAAGUCCGCCGAUCAGCUAGACGAAGAGUCCGAUGCGCGUGUCCCGCCCAUUAUUGUGAAGAAGUUGACGUUCAGCGACAGCGAUAUUCUGGCCGAUGAGCACUGCGCCCGCCUCUGUCCGCAAUGUCCGUGCCGGCGGGAUUCGCAGCAGGGCUGCUGCCCGAGAAGCGAUCACGGGCAGUGCGGUCUGGGAGCGGCAUCUAUGGAGCCUGGAGGCAUGACUGGUGCGGUGGGCUCCACAGACACCACCACCACCUUCUACAGUGCCAACUCAUCGCUGGAGCAGUUUGCCACGCCCGCCAGACAGGUCAAUGGCGUUCCCGAUGAAAUACUCAUACGUCCCGGUGUCCUAGAGUCUCACUUUCCCGUCUAUGAGGCAGCGACGAGAGCGGCAGCGGGGGCAGGGGCAGCGGCGGGGACGAUGGUUGAGACACCGGCCAUUGUGGCGCCCGCUUCGCCCGCAUCGCUCAGCCUGAACAAUGGGGGCAAGAAACCGGAUGUGGUGGGCGGACGCGUGCGCAAGCGUCUGUCCUCCGAGGAGUUCAUUUUCACGCGCAGCGAGGAUCUUCCCAUUUUAGUACAAAUCGGUGAUAGAGGUGGCUCACACGGCUCCCCCGCGGGACGCAGGCGCAAAGGCUGCGUGUAUCCGGCCGGUAAUAGCAUUCGAAUCGCCGGCGCCAGUCCGGGAGCCGAUGUCCUGGCCACAACAACAAACGCAACUAGAUUAUUGAGCGACAAGUCCGCCACUUCCUCACCCACACACACGUCCAUUAGCAAAUUUACCCGCACCAGAGUAACAGCCGCCAAGGCGGCCUCAAAUAAUGAGAGUAACGUUUAGUUUAGUAAGUUGUUUCAGAAGACGGAGACGGAGACGGAGUUGGAUAUGGAGAUGAAGAUGAAGAUGGAAACGAAGACAGCAACAGUAACAGUAGUUAAAUGGAGUACCUAAACGAAAUGAACAAGUAACCGUAACCAAAAAAUGAAACAAGAAACAAAAUAAUAAUUCUAACUAUAAUAAGAUAACAACAAUUAUUCUAUUGUAAUUGCUUUAUAC